UGGGCCUGGUGCAGAGUUGACCAGAGGAAAAAAUGUUCUCACAACAUCCAUGCUGUUUUCAUCGACUUUGAAAAACUUCCCCACCAUCGUGAACCCCGCACUAAGUGAAUAGUUUCUGCAAGUAGCAAAAUACCACCAUCUCACUCGUCCCCAUUUUAGCUCGUCACAUCAAAAAACACCAAGAAUAAUGGCAACAAUAAAAGCAUCAGUCCUCUACGGGCCGAAAGAUCUGCGCGUCGAGGAGCGCACGAUCCCGGCCCCGGCGGCGGGCGAGGUGCAAGUCUCCAUCCGCGCGACCGGCAUCUGCGGCUCCGACAUGCACUACUACGUGCACGGCGCCAAUGGCGACUUUAAAGUGCGCGAGCCGCUGUCCCUGGGCCACGAGUCGGCCGGCGUGGUCGAGGCCGUCGGUCCCGACGUGACGGACCUCAAGGUGGGUGACCGCGUGGCCGUCGAGGUCGGCAUCGCCUGCGACGACUGCGCGCUCUGCAAGUCCGGCCGCUACAACCUCUGCAAGGGCAUGAAGUUCCGGUCCAGCGCAAAGAUCUUCCCGCACUUCCAGGGCACGCUGCAGGACCGCAUCAACCACCCGGCCCGGCUGACCUACAAGCUGCCCGACUCGGCCUCGCUGGCCGAGGGAGCCCUGCUGGAGCCCCUGGGCGUCGCCAUCCACGGCGUCAAGCGCGCCGGCGAGCAAAAGGGCAAGACGGCGCUGGUGCUCGGCGCCGGCGCGGUGGGUCUGCUGACGGCGGCGGUGCUGCGCGUCGAGGGCAUCGAGUCCAUCGCCAUCGCCGACAUUGUGCCCGAGCGCGUGCAGUUCGCCGUCGCCCACGGCUUCGCCGACAAGGCCGUCGUGGUGCCCAGCAAGCGCCUGCCGCCGACGGCCAGCGCCGACGAGAAGCUGGCCCUGGCGCGCGAGACGGCCGCGCUGCUGACCCGCGAGGGCAACGGCGGCGACGAGUACGACACCACCUUUGAGUGCACGGGCGUCGAGUCGUGCGUGCAGGCGGCCAUCUACGCCACGGGGCCCGGCGGCCGCGUCAUGAUGAUCGGCAUGGGCACGCCCGUGCAGACGCUGCCUCUGGGGGCGGCGGCGCUGCGUGAGGUUGAUCUGUUGGGCGUGUUUAGGUAUGCAAACACGUACCCGCGCGGCAUCGAGUUGUUGGCGGGUAGGGAGAGCAACGGCAUGCCGGAUAUUGGAUUGCUGGCGACGCAGAACGUCAAGGGGUUGGACAGGGCGGAGGAUGCGUUUGCGAUUGCGGCCAAGCCGGUGGAUGCGGAUGGGAAGCUGGUGUUGAAGGUGAUUAUCGAGACUUGAUUACGGGUAUUGGUGCAAAUGGUACAAAUAAUUGGUGUAUGGGUCCCCAAGGUUGCGCGAGUGAUAUCACAAAUGACAGGUGUCUCCACUAACCAAGUUUGCCAUCGCUGAGCUUAUUUUUCACUGCGGACAAUUGUUUCCUUCCUGUUUUUGUUUUAACUAUUUCGCUGUUUAAUUUAACAAUCCACAAGUUUCAAAAUUUGCAGAUCUGCAAACAGCACCGAUUUUGC